AUGAAGGUCAAGUUUUCCAGGAGAACUGAGGUUAUUGCCUUCAACAAAUCCACUCUCAAAAAUGAUCGAGGGUCAGAUGAGAUUUUCAUAGACGGCAUGGACGAAGACAGCAUGUUUAUGGCUGAUACCGACACAGAUCUCAGAUUACAAAAAAUAAGCGCUAUAUACGUGCAUACCCAGAUGUGUAUACUCUUGCCAAUGCAACAGUCCAACGGACACUGGCGUUUUCCAGAUUUGAUUGUAUUGCGAGGAAAGGACGUCUACAGCGAAGGCGUAAUCAGCUGCCAGUGCUCGUUUAAUAGGCAGGGGAACCUUAGAUGUUCUUUACGUGGAUGUGAGCAACCGGGUAGAAGGCGAGUGGAAGGAAAGAUGGGACAGUUUGCUGUAUGUUGGACGUGUAGAUGUAGAGUUCAUGAGCGUGGCGAGGCGAGGGUAAGAACCUGCAAAGGACCAUUGGUUGGUGGCUUUGGAAAAGAAAAGCUCAUGUCGGAGCUUUUCUUUUCCAGAGCCACCAAAAGAAAGGUUAACACAAAUUCCCCAGAAGUGAAAGUACUGAUAAAGAAUGAAGCGCUUAACGCUCACUUUCUCAGUCAGCUGUUGGCCAUGCAGACGAUAGCACGUAAUCUUGUCAUUCUCCUGUUCCUCUUCGGCCCACCGAGGGGCAGCGCCCAGGAGUGCUCCUGCGUGUGGCACGAGAGCGAGGAGUCGUGGACGUGCGAGGGCGCGCUAUCGGCGGUGCCCACGCAGUGCUGGCCCUUGCACGAGCACGUCAGGAAGGUCGUCCUCGAUGCCAACAUCGGAGAGAUCCUGGACGGCGACUUCGACCACGAGAACCUGCAGGGGCUUAUCCACCUAGAGAUGAGGAGGCUGCGCCAGGUGGCCCGCAACGCCCUCCGCCCCCUCACGAAGCUCGUCUACCUGGACAUGGCCGGCGGAAGCCUCCAGGAGCUCCCUGACGUAAGCACGAUGACCGACCUGCUGGCGCUGCUGGCGUUCGACAACCAGCUGAAGGCCGCCCCGAGUCUGACGCACAUGCACGUCCUGGACGUCGUGGAGCUGCACGGGAACCGGAUAGCCGCCUUGCCCGACGAGUUUCUGCCGGAGUCGAGCCACAUCAUCGACCUUCGGCUCGACGGGAACUCCUUCGACAGCCUCAACGCCUCGAGCAUCGUGACGGCGCCGGCGGAAAGUAGGAUGACCUUCGACCCGCUGGCCUCCGUCCUGGCGACCGUCGACGAGAAGGACCUCCUCGUGAUCAAGGAGUUCGAGGUCAACAUCGAUCUCGAGUCCAUCAUCGUGAUCAUUGAGGAUCCUCCUAAUCCUUACUGCGAGUGGUGAUUGCGCCAAAAGGGAGGGUAGUCAAUACACACAUACACAUGGCUGCCUUCCUGUAGCAAGUUCCUCCUGGAGACGCAGGUGUUCGCUCUGCUGUCACUUUGGGCACUUCAGCGACGGAAGUAAACACCCGCCCUCGAAGGGAGCCGCCGCAUAAAAGGACACGUCUCGUCAGCCAGUGGUAGACACGAAGAGACGGCAUACAGACGACGACACGCGAGUCUAGCCUGUCACUACUCCGCCCGCAACAUUCAGCAAUAAACUUA